UAUUGCGAGGCCAUAGAUCCCUUUAGUUCACUAACCCAAUACUGGAUGAAAAGAGGCAUGGAAAGAGUUUGAUUUGCUUGUCUCGUUAAAGAUUAGCCAAUGCUUAGACUGCAACGAUCAGCAACUGCAAACGGUUUAUAACCUGGAGAAGGUUAAUAUAGGCUGCAACCUUUGCACUGUGGCACACCCACAUUACAGACACUCCGAAGAGGAAAACAGCAGCAAGAAACCAGGCUUUUAAAAAUUAAAUAUCUUUCAGAAAACAUUCUGUGACGGACCAUGUCAAUAAUUGGGCCGCAGUGUGUUGGUCUAGUGAUAUUCUCAAUGGGGUGCUUAUUGGCUGUUAUACAAGCAAUGACUCCUUGUGAAAUCCUCAAUGAGGCCUCAGCAAUCUGCACUGGGAGGAACCUUACAAGGGUGCCAAAAGGUCUUCCCACCAAUUUAACUCAUUUGGAUUUAUCGGGCAACUCAGUGGAUUCAACGGAUCUAGAAAACAAUAGGAGACUGCAGGCGCUCAGAGAUCUGGUCUUCCUCAACCUUUCAAAUAAUAACAUGCCAACUCUCACCCCUGAGAUCUUUAUGAAUCUGAAGAAGCUGAAGGUAUUGGAUCUGAGUCACUGCAAGAUUGAUUUGCUUCACCCCAAAGCUUUCAAAGGUCUUUUUAGUUUAAAGAUCCUGAUGUUGAACAAUAACAGAAUAAAGAAUUUGGCAACUCAGUUCCUCAGUGAUGCACAAGAAUUGUCAACAUUGAACUUGGCCAAUAACAAGUUGACCACAGUCACCAUGCAGUUGUUGGAGAAAUUUGAAAGAAUACAUGAGGUUCAACUGCAAGGAAAUUCUUGGAUCUGUGACUGCAAUCUGUACCCACUACAGAAAUGGCUGAUGCUACGGUUUGACCAUGCAGAAGAAAUACAGUGUGUGUUCCCGCCAGAACUCCAGGGCAAGGAUUUGCUGAAUCUAGACCUCUCAUCUGAGUCCUGCUCAGAAAAGUCUAAAAGAUUUCCUCGUCUUGCAUAUUCAAAUACUUCAACUUCCACAGUCACAGCUAUCACCAAUCAGACUUCAGAUGCACCACAAGCUGAAGGCGGCAAGGAAUGGUACUAUCUUAUCGGAGUUUUGGUCAUUGCUAUUGCCUUCUCAGCCUUGAUUGCAAUUGGUGCGAAAUUUAAACUCUUUCACAAAUACCUCACCAGCUACAGUCACCAGCUGUUACCAGAGCAAGACGCCAUCAGCCAAGACCAUGACACAUUUAAUGUGAACUUGCCACGCACGAGUGAGUUGGAGAACAUCAGAGAUAGAACGAUGUAUCCACCUCAUGGUCUAGAUGAAGAUGAUGGAUACAUUGAGGACAAUUACAUUCAAACAGAAGUGAAAGCUGAGGAUGAGCCAGAGAUACAUGUUUCAAUUUAACAGAAACGUUCAACAGGGUGCCACCACAAACUCUUUCAAACUACUUUAAUUCAGGGUAUGUAUUGUUUUUUUAAAAAAGGUCAACUUAUUUCUAAGGAGAUGCCUAGGUCUCUUCUCUCUCUUCAUUGCAUAUGAUAGCCAAAGGUUUUUGCUCAAUGACAUUGGAAAUUUUCUCUCCACUGUUCAUAAGAAAAGAAAAGGGAAAUGUUGGAUUUGGAAGAAAAUAGAAAAUGCUGGUUCAUCAACAUCAUAAUAUUGGAAAGGUCAAGUUCAAAUUCUCAUAAUCAAAAUAACUUUUACUUGAAAUUUUUCCACCUGUCUAAACCUGAUGCAAUAUCUGUACAUUCCCCUCUUUCCAGAUAAUUUGUCAUAGAACCAAACUCUUCCACGUAACACAGGAAUUCAAAAAUACUUGCUCAAAUUGAGCCCUAUAAUACUUGCUGCUCAUGGUGAAAUCCUUGUACAAUGAGGGGAGCAAGAACUGCAUGAUGGGAUGACUGCAUUGCUGAGAAUAAGGUAAAAUAGUGAGAUUUAUCUUCGAGGGAAAAUGUGCAAGUACAGCAAUGUAGAAUUGAGAGAGUGAAGGGUAUCUGUAGUAAAGGGAACGAAAGACCAAAAUGUAUAUAGGCUAAAGUGUGAGAUAUGAGAGAAGAAACUAAGGAAAAGGAAAAAAAGUAGUAAUAUACCUAUUCUAAUUAUAGCUAAGGUUUCUCCAGAAAUUGCUUAUCUUCCUUAUCUUGCUUACAGUGAGAAGCCUGGAUAGAGUGGACAUGGAGAAAAUGUUUCCACUAGCAGGAGAGGCUAGGACCCAGGGGCGCAGCCUCGGAGUGAAGGCAUGAACUGUUAGAAUUAAGAUGUGGAGGAGUUUCUUCAGCCAGAAGGUGGUUAAUUUGUGCAACUCACUGAUGCAGAGUUCAAGUCACUGAGUAUCAUUAAGAUAGGUAGUUAGGUUCAACCUGAAACAUCAACUUUCCUGCUCCUCUGAUGCUGCCUGACCUGCUGUGUUCCUCAAGCUCCACGCUGUAUUGACUCUGACUCCAGCAUCUGCAUUUCUUGCUACCUGUUAGAUAGGUUCUUGACUAAUAGGGGUGUCAAGGGUUACAGGGAGAAGGCAGGAGAAGGGGGUUGAGGAACAUUAGGAGAUUGAAUGGAGGAGUGGGCUUGAUGGGCUCAAUGACCCAGUUCUCCUCCUGUAUCUUAUGAUGUUAUGGCCUUCCUAUCACUAAACUAUUACAUCUCAAACUCCACAGCAAUCUCUUCCUGCUCCCCUCCUUAUCCCAUGCUGUGGCUGGAUGACAUUGUCUGAAGGUUACCCUUUCUUUCAUCAUUCAGUUGGAGGUUGGCUGAGGAAUUUCCUACCUAAGCCUCUGUGUUAAAUUGUUUAACUCCAAGGAGUGUUUUUGUUGUAGCUGUAAAAAGUAAAAUGUUGUUGCUUUAACUGAAACUUGUCUGAAGCCCAUGGCUGAACAGGGAACUCAACAAAAGAGAUAGAAAAUAUAUGGAGAGCGAUAGAAGAGGUGCCAGCUUUCAGAGGGGAAAAUAUUUUGUAGGUAAAAUUCAGGCAAAAUUAAGAACAUAUUCAAGACUGGUUUUCUGGAACACCAUACAAUUAAGUAUACAAAGAAAGAUGCAACUUUGGACACAGUCCCAAUUAAUGAUUCUGAACUGGUUAGCAACAGGAAGAAUGGAAAAAUUCAGAUUAAGAAGAAGUUUCUAUUUGUGGUAGAAGCUAAAUAAACAUCUUACAUGUGAAAAAAAAACACAAUAAAUGUACAAGGAAUUCAGGAGCAACAUCGUUCCUGAAAGCAAUGUUUUCAACUGGGUUCCCUGACCAACCUGAACAGGUUUCCUGGAAUUUUCACAUCAGUUGAAUAUUGUACAAAUUUGCUCAUUUUUUUUCCAAGAUUUUGUUUUUUUAUUUUUGAGAAAAUAAUCAUUCAUUCAAUAGUGUUUUGCUUUGUUUUCAUUUAUAUUUGGAAGCACCUUCCAAAUACUUGACCCCAUCACCUAAAAGGACAAAGAUAGCAGAUGAAAGGAAACAUCCCUACCUGCAAAUUCCACUCCAAACUACACCAUCAUAAUGUGGAACUUUAUCAUCAUUCCUUCACCAUUGUGUCAAAGGCCUGGAACGCCCUGUACAACAAGACUGUGGAUAUACCUACACCACAAGGGCUGUAGCAGCUCAAGCAGGCAGUUCACCAUCACCUUUCCAAAGGUUAUUAGGAUCAAGCGAUAAAUGCUGGCCUGGCCAGUGCUGCCCACCUCCCAUGAAGGAAUAAAACAUAAAGCGGGGAAGGAAGGUGGGAGUGAGGGUUGGGGAUCCACAGAAUUUCACAACAGAACGUUAAGCAUGUGGGACCUGUGAGAUUUCAGAAUGAGGGAAAAUUGUUUGUUUGUUUUGUACCAGGAAGCAGUUACACCCUUCAUUUGAUUUGGUUCUAUGAUCAGGGACAGUGGAGUGUGACUGCAAGUGAGACAAAUAUGGAAAUCCAAGGAGUAGUUGAGCUGCAUAAAUAGAUGGGUUUAAAAGUAAAUUGGAAAGCACAUGAGACAGAAAGCAGUGAUGAUAGAGUUAAAUGAAACACAAAGGGAGGAAGCUCAUAUUCAGGCAUAAACAUUAGCACAGUGAAUGUUUCUGCAAAUAAAUUCCGUGUAACAUCAAUGCAGGCAAGGAACCUACAGGGUCAGAAGUUGAUGGGAGUUGAGAAAACUAAUGUAGAAUGAGAGAGGAGUUAGUAUAGUUCAAUUGGAAGAAAAUGUUUAUGGAUAAUCAGAGGUACAAUAAUGGAAAUAUUUGAGUGUGAGGUUGAUACAGUUUAGAACAGCAGCACUCAUAUCAAAUUACAGGGUUUCCUGACUGUGGGAAAGCAGAUACACCCCCAUAAUGGAAAUCAAAUGGCUUGUAAAAUGCUUAAAUGGGAAACAAGAUAUGGUUGAAAAGAUAAAUAGCUGAACUUUUCCAGAAUUUGUCUUAGCUUACCAACAGAUAACACUUCUUUUCACUUUUUGAUAAUUAUGGCCGCUCAAAAUGUGAGCAUGGUAAAAUCACACAGCAGGUGACAAAUAAUCACAUUCCUCAGGGUGUACAUCAACAGUAUCAGUACUGACAUAAAAAUUCACCAGCAUAUUAAGAAAAACGUGAUCAAGAGCAAUAAGGGCCAUCGCAAACUCACCACAGUGAUUGUCAGUGAAAAUGAGGAAAUGGCAGCCAUAUUGAGUCAUUACUUUGUGUCAGUAUUUACAGUAUAACAUGGAAUGUCAGUAUGCCAGACAUCACCAGGAAACUAAAUUUGAAAUAGAGAUGUAGGCUCAACAAUAUUUAUCAAAAGCAAAAUAAUGAAGAUCCAGUCACACCCCUUAGUUGAUAUGGUCAAUAGUCAAUGACAGUAGAGUGUGACAGCAAGUAAGGCACAUAAAGAAACCCAGAGAGUGAGAGUUUGGUAUUUGCAAUUGUCCAUCAGGUUUAAGGUUCCUUCAGUUUGUUUGGAUGAGAGAGAGGGCUGCAGGGUGAUGAACAAACUGACCAAGGUAAAAGAAGCCAUUUAAAGGGAGGGAGCAAAAAAGGAAUGUGACAUUAGGUGGGGAGAGUAUAGCGAGGGAUGGUUGACACUGUUCUCUGCAGAAACUAGCAGGAAACCAGAUGGUCUGCUGCCCGUUCAAUGCCAUGGUUUAGGAUAACUGCUCAGGUCUGAGAGGAACUUGCAGUGGGGUAGGGAGGAUCCAGUCAUCAUUGUCUAUGGAAGUGCCAACAACGUAAGUAGGACGAGGAGAGAUGCACUCAGUACGAGGAGCUAGGCACCAAAUUAAAAGCAGAACCUCAAUGGUAAUAAACACUGGAUUGUUACCUGGGCCAUAUGCAAAUUGACAUAAGGUAACUAGAAUUAGAGAAAUGCAUGUGGGGCUCAAAAACUGGUUUGGCAGGCACUAGAAAGAGGGAAUAUUGGAACUGGAGUGUUGGGAUAAACCCAUCAAGGCAUAAACAAAGGUGCAGAAGUAGGUCAUUCAGCCUAUUGAAUUUGCUGUGCUAUUUAACAAGAUCAUGGUUGAUCAGAUAACCUGAUCAAUCUUGCUUUCCUGCUUUUUUCUCAUAACCCUUGAUUCUUCUUGAUAGGAGGGAUUGACAGUUCACACUUCAGAGUAAAUCAUUAGAUAAGGCUAAAGGUUACAGAAAUAAUAAGGGAUUAAACAAAUGGCCCUUUUAUUCAAAUAUAUCAAGGAGAUAGCCUGGGCACUAACUUUUAUCUUAUUUAAAGGUAAAGGUAAGGUGCUGUGUUCUGGAUGUAACUCAAUUGAUUACACUCUUCAGCUUAACGAAAAUAUGCUUUAUUCUCAUCCUACGGUUAAAAUACAACACAAGAAAGAAGAAUUAGUAUAACUUUAACGCAAUAGGAAAAUUUAAAAGAACAAUAGAUUAUUUAACUACUAAACAGCAACUGUUCCAAUAUAGUAACAUCUCAUAAACGCACCCUUGGCAAAGGCAAAUUCAGUAAAAUAGAUUGUCUCACAUACACUGUUUCUCCAGUUCAGGAAGAGAAACAUCAAAAGAAAAUUCUGGCUGAGAGAGCGAACUCUUGCAUUUUGUUGUAAUAAGGAGAGAUGUGAGGCAGCUUCAAAACUACUGAAAGCUAAACUAAAAAAUCCCUGGUCCUGUUAGAGCCUGACUCCACCCAGUCAUGUUGUUUCUACUGUUACAUCUUUUAAAAAAACCCCAAAACCUCACAAUAUUUUUACUUUAUUGGCUUUCAAAAGACAAGUUUCUAACUUGGGUCUUAAAACCUGUCUUCAAAAUAAACACUGGACACCUUUUAAACCAGGGUAUCAUCACAUUAUAUCCGAAUCUACUUAGCAUUCAGAACAAAUGAACUGAUUGCACAAAUAGAAAUAAAGAACUAUGAUCUGAUAGCCAUUACAGCUCUCUGAUGAAGGGUCUAGGCCCGAAACGUCAGCUUUUGUGCUCCUGAGAUGCUGCUUGGCCUGCUGUGUUCAUCCAGCCUCACAUUUUAUUAUCCUAGCCAUUACAGCGGUAUGGUUACAGGGUAACAUAGAUUGGGACAUGAAUCUUGAAAGUACAGGAGAUUUGUAAAGGGCCAGAAUUUGAGAAAAGGUGGUGCGGUGCUUUGAGUUAAUUCUGAGUUAAUACAUAGUAUUUAGGAAAAAAAAAUGUUUUUUAGACCAUUGAAAUUUGAAAAGUUCCCAGCAGUGGAUGAAACAUCCAUGCCAAUAAUUACAAAAGUGACUAGUGAAGAUAUAUUGUUUGGAACAAGCAUGAUUUUUAAAAAAAAUUAGCAACUGAAUUAUUUUUCCACUUCCCAAUACCUGGCAUUAAAAUGAAAGGCAAACUUUCCAUGGUUUGUUAAAACUUCUUAAUGCCUUAUUAAUAAACUUUCAGAAAGACUUUCUGUGGAAUUACAUCGGAUUUGUAAUAUUGGUAGUUGUAGAAAUCCUAAGCCCAGUGGGCUAUCAGUUCAGCCAUUCUGUUGGAAUUAAGUCAACAAUGUAAUAGCUGAAGUGGAACCUUACUUUAGAGCACAUUUUUCUGCUUUGGUACAAUGUUACCAUUGGUGGUUUACAGAAGUCUGACAGAACAGGCUGGACUGGAGAUUAAGUAAUGAUCCAAGAAGGCUAUGAUAUAAUGCAACAUAAACCAGCCCACUGGUACUUCAAACUUUUGAAUAGCAAAAUGUCGCUUAGUUGUAUACUUCAUGUCACUUCUAUGGGAAAUUGAGCAUUGCAAAAGUUUAGAUGCUAAAAUUAACUAUUAUAAGUCCAAAGGGGUCUAAAUUCAACCAAGAUAGUAAAAUAGAUCAUCUUCACUACAAGCUCCAUAAACAGGCAAAAUAAAAGAAAAAAAAAUUCUGAAGAAGGGUCUAGGCCUGAAACAUCAGUUUUCCUGCUCCUCUGAUGCUGCCUGGCCUGCUGUGUUCAUCCAGCUCUACACCUUGUUAUCUCAGGGUGUUUUGUUGAUUCUGAUUGCAAUCUUGGAGGUUAAUCUCAUGCAAAAGCACAUAUAUUUUGCUACUAAUGUAGCAUCAAUAUCAAAAUAUGGUUACAGCUGAGGCAAUCAGUCAGAGUUCAUAAGUCUGCAGCUUCGCUUUGAUUUCUGCUGUUUCCCACUCUCUGGAGCUGGAUUAUGCUGGAAGUCCGAAAUGUAAACAGAAAAAUGCUGGGAAUGUGCAGCUAGUGAUGCAGCCUCUGUGGGGAGAGACACAAAGCUGAAGCUUUCAGGUCAAUGACCUUACAUUUGAACUAGAAAGAGUUAUACAUGUAACAAGUUGUACACAAGGCAGGAAAAGGAGAUGGAGGAGGAAAGAACAAGAGCAAAGCUCUGGCAGAGGGUGAAAUGUGGGAGAGAUUAAACUGCAAAAAAAAAUGACAAUGCAAAGGAAAAAGCAAUGAUAAUGGAGCAAGUGAAGAAACAAAAAACAUAAAGAAGCUAAAAAUAGGAUUGGUGCCAAUGAUCUGGAAUUGCUCAAUCCUGUUUGAAACUCGAAAGCUAUAAUGUGCCCAUUUGAAAGAUGAGUAGCUUUUUCUGGGAGCUUAUUAAAAAAAAGUGUGACCAAAGAAAGCAAGGUCUGAGUGGAAAUUGGAUCAAUGAUUGGGAUCAGUUAUUUCAGUUAGCUAGACAGCUACUUUGUGAUGUAAAGCAAUGUCAACAGCAUGGAUUCCAUCCCCACAUCAGCUAAGAUUACUAUGAAGAACUCCUCUUGCCUAUGGUGUGGUGGACCUCAUAUUAAAUCACCAUCAGUUAUCACUUUCUAAUGAGAGAGCAGGACUAUGGCAACUUUGUCUUUACAAAAAAGAAGUACAAAAUAGGCAUUUCUACAGAUAGGCCAAUGACAUGUCAUGUUUCUGUUGAUAACUCAAUUUUAUGGAGUAAUUUCAGCCAUCAGAAGAUAAAAUCAAUCAGGAAUUCUGUUCAUGGCCUUGAUACUAAGCAGACAAUGAUGGAAUUAGUGAUAAUGGGAACUGCAGAUGCUGGAGAAUCCAAGAUAAUGAAAUGUGAGGCUGGAUGAACACAGCAGGCCCAGCAGCAUCUCAGGAGCACAAAAGCUGACCUUUCGGGCCUAGACCCUUCAUCAGAGAGGGGGAUGGGGUGAGGGUUCUGGAAUAAAUAGGGAGAGAGCAGGAGGUGGACUGAAGAUGGAGAGAAAAGAAGAUAGGUGGAGAGGAGAGUAUAGGUGGGGAGGUAGGGAGGGGAUAGGUCAGUCCAGGGAAGACGGACAGGUCAAGGAGGUGGGACGAGGUUAGUAGGUAGGAGAUGGAGGUGCGGCUUGAGGUGGGAGGAAGGAAUGGGUGAGAGGAAGAACAGGUUAGGGAGGCAGAGACAGGUUGGACUGGUUUUGGGAUGCAGUGGGGGGAGGGGAAGAGCUGGGCUGGUUGUGUGGUGCAGUCGGGGGAGGGGACGAACUGGGCUGGUUUUGGGAUGCGGUGGGGGAAGGGGAGAUUUUGAAGCUGGUGAAGUCCAUAUUGAUACCAUUGGGCUGCAGGGUUCCCAAGCGGAAUAUGAGUUGCUGUUCCUACAACCUUCGGGUGGCAUCAUUGUGGCACUGCAGGAGGCCCAUGACGGACAUGUCAUCUAAAGAAUGGAAGGGGGAGUGGAAAUGGUUUGCGACUGGGAGAUGCAGUUGUUUAUUGCGAACCGAGCGGAGGUGUUCUGCAAAGCGGUCCCCAAGCCUCUGUUUGGUUUCCCCAAUGUAGAGGAAGCCACACCGGGUACAGUGGAUGCAGUAUACCACGUUGGCAGAUGUGCAGGUGAACCUGUGCUUAAUGUGGAAAGUCAUCUUGGGGCCUGGGAUAGGGGUGAGGGAGGAGGUGUGGGGGCAAGUGUAGCAUUUGCUGCGGUUGCAGGGGAAGGUGCCGGGAGUGUUGGGGUUGGAGGGCAAUUAACACUCCAUGCUUCACAUGGAUGAGAUAUUCCCAACUGCAUUGAAGUGUGAAAUUAUACUGAUAUUGGAAAAGACUUACUUUUCACAACUGUAAACCCUGUGCAUUUUUAAUGUAUCACUGUAGCGGUUUGAUACAAAAUUUAGAUCUGAGUAAAGUAGUGUCUCACUGCAGAAGACAUAUCAGUGUACUAUCUCAACCAUGUAAGAUGUGAAAUCUGUAAGGUGGCACAUUAUAACAGAGGUUGGAUGUUAUAUUGGGAGACUGAGCCAAAAUGGGAAAUUAAAGCUCUAUUAAUAUGAUCUUAUUCAAGAAAUGUAAAUAAGUAUAUUUUACACAAGUGAUUACUAUGUAAUAAUCUAUAAUUGUAAUGCACUCUAAUAAUAUUCUGUGAUUAGUUAUUGCUGAUUUUGACAUUAUGGAAAAUACUGCAACGU